AUGGCCGCCGUAGACCCAACGGAGUCUCCAAAACGACAGAAAUCCCCUGCGGAGGAGGUGGAAACAUCUGGGGAGAAGACCGAGGCGGUGGAGUCGGGAUGCGGCUUAAAUCAGAGAGACGAAACAACAUGUAAUAAAACCGCGGAGAGCCCCGACGAUGAGCGGAGAGCCAAUGUUGGUAACGACGGCUGUUAUAUUGCCAGCCAUUCUGAGGUUAGUGUCGAGUCCGGUGCUGGAGCUGACAAAACGACAUGUAAUUCGCCGGAGGACCUAACGUUGGCUGAAAAAAUGGCCGAGGCUGCUGGCAGCGAACAGCGGGCUUUCGACUGGUCCGAAACUGAAGAUGACGAUGAGGAGGCGAAAUCACAGAGGAAGGAAAAUGAUAAGUGUGACAUGGAUAAUGUUACAGAGAGUGCUGAAAAAGUGCAGCAGGGUGCACAUGUUGAUGAUAACAUUGUUGCUGAUGCUACAGAGGUUCACAAAGAGGAAAACUCACAUGACAAUGAUAAGAAGAGCACAGAGAAGGAACUGGAGGAGCUGGUGGGAGACGCGGACGGGAUAGAGGAUGUGGUUGAAGAUGAUGAGGAGGCAGACCGAGGGGGGGACGCUGAUUCGGCAGCUAAGCCAAAAAAGUGCCGUUUGGUGUGCAAGGAGUGUGGGAAGAAGUUCAACCGCCGCGAGACGUUCAACCUGCACCGCCACUUUCAUGCACACGAGGAUGAGCUCAUGCCCCUCACCUGUAAAGAAUGCGGCCUUUCCUUUCAGCACCGCAGCAGCCUCAUUAAACACAGAAAUGAACAUAAAGAGAAGGAGGAGCAACUUGUCACUCCAAAGAAAGAGGUGCAUGGAAUGGAGGAAGGUUGUUUUGAAUGUGCAGAAUGUAGGAGGAUCUUUUCUACAGUGGAUAAGCUGAGGGACCAUAACUGCAGCAAUACAGUCGAAAAGCCUUACCACUGCCCCCUGUGCCGCCAAGAGUUCCAGUUUAAGGUGUCUGUCACUAAGCACAUGAUGAGCCACUCCCAGGAGAGCAUGUUUACAUGCCAAGAGUGCAAUCAAACUUUUCCAAACACCAUGGCCCUGCGCUAUCACCAGCGAUGUCAUACCGCCCUCAAGCCCUAUGAAUGCCCAGAGUGUGGCAUGGUUUUCAAACACUACUCUGUCAUGGAAGACCACCGUCGCAAACAUACAGACAACACACGUUCUCACCUGUGCAACAUCUGCGGCAAGACCUUCAAGUACAGUAGCCUCCUCCAUCAGCAUCAGUAUCUUCACACAGGCCAGAAGCCCUUCCGCUGCCCUGAAUGCGGCAAAAAAUUUGCCUUCGCCCAGAACAUGAAGGCACACUGCCGUCAGCAUAGACUGCGUGAAACCAAUUCCUCCAGUGAAAAGCCCUGCAAACAGGCAUCUGUGCCUGUACCGGAGGCAGUUAGAGGGCUAGGGAAAGAGAAUACACACCAGAGUGAGGACCCAAAACGCACAUUCAAAUGCCCUCUUUGUCCCCAGACUUAUUGUGCACCAGCUAACUUGAGAGCCCACAUGCUUAUUCACGAGGCUGAGUAUGAGACGCUGGAGAGAACACCCAGACCCCCAAGGGAGAUUAACAAGUACUGUGAAAAAGGAUACACCUGUCCACACUGCCCUUGCGUUUAUCGUGAUGAAUCCAGUUUAAAUGUACAUUUGUUAAGUGUCCACAAGUCUGUAGCACAAUAUUUAGAAAAGGUGGCAACACCACCUAAAAAACAAUUUAAUCUGUUAAGCAGUGAUAACAUGCAGGCGAAAUGGAGAAGCGAUGGCAUAAGUAUUAAGUCAUACAAGUGUUCUGAGUGUGGAAAAACCUUCCGCCAUCGCUCAGUGUUAGAGCUGCAUAUGCGAAUACAUUCCAAGGACAAGCCUUACCAGUGCAAAGUGUGUGGCAAGGGCUUUAGAUUCAGUAGCUACUUACAGCAACAUCUCAUCAUACAUACAGGCAAGAAGCCAUACAAAUGUCCCGACUGUGGGAAGGACUUUGCCUUCCUGCAGAACAUGAAAACACAUCAAAAGCUGCAUCAGGAGAAACCAUUCCGCUGCACCAGCUGCCGUAAAGGUUACAGCGAUGAGACCCAACUGCAGCACCAUAUGCUAUCACACAAUGGUGACAAACCUCAUAAGUGUGACCUGUGUGACAAGAGCUUUGGAUUGGCCUAUCUUCUCCGUGAUCACAUGAACACACACACAGGAGAGAGACCUCAUCGCUGUGAUGAGUGUCACAAAACCUUUUCCUGGUUUAGCAGCCUACUAGUACACCAGAAAAUUCAUGCUCGCAAACGCCAAGGUUUCAGCCAGUACAAUUCUUUCCCAAUUGGUGCUAGGAUGAGAGGCAGGGGUAGCAGAGGGAGGAGAGGGGGGAGGCUCGUGUGGAGCUGGUCUAGACCAUUGGGAGGCUCAGGGAUGGUUAACUCUCAGCCAUCUCCAUUUCAAGUUUCUGCAAUAAGAGAGGCUGAGUUGCAUAGAAGGGCCGUGCAGCCACAGUCUUCCAUGCUCUCAUCUCGCAUGGAUUUACAAAGCAGGCAUCAGAAGGAGCCGUGGAUGUCAGAGCUACACCCUCAACCUGUGCAGUGGAAGGUGGACGGUGGAGAGGUAAUGCCUGUCCCAUCAUCACAGCAGCAACACACAGCUCCACAGCAGGCACAGUUUGACAGUCUGCCACAACCAGGCCUACAGCAGCACCAUCAUAGAACUUCAGGCUGGGCAGAUAGCCCCACAUCUGCUCAGACUUUAGAGUCAUCACACAUCAAGGAGAAUACAGCUUCUAUUGUCAGCUCCCACUUGGUGUCAGUGCCAAAAAAAUCCAGCCCAUUGACAGGGAGUGAGAUGGAGCACCACAGGCAGGCCAAGCCUGUAACUUGGAGUAAUGCACCUACAUCCACAGUGCUAGCUUCCUCAAGCUCUCUGCAACAUGAUUUCUCUGUCCCCUCUCCCUAUAUUGAUGGGGCAGCUCUGUGGAGCGUCAGACCCGCUUCACUAGCAAAUUCGCGGAGUUCUCCAAAUAAGCUUGGUCAAGAGCUUCAGCUGCCAAGAUGGCCAGGUGCCCCAGUGUCAACACAGAAGGAGCCAUCCACACCACCUAAAAAAGAGGACAGUAGAGUGUGGGACAUGAAUAAUCCUCAAGUAAUACCGUCGACUGUUAGCCAGCCGGAGAAGCCGUGGAACGGCUGUGAGCCGCAGAAGCAGUGGGCUUCAGGCUUAGCAGGUGCAUCCACCUCAGCUCAAAUAGACCAAAGCAGUGCUAUGCCAAUUUCAACUCCUGUUUCUCUCGGGGUAGGUAACACCUUAUGGGACAUACAAACACCACCGGGAAUUCCAAAGACUAUAAACUCCCCUGAGAAAUUAGUAAAUAAUCAAGAUUUUCAGCUGCAGCAAAAGCAGGUGUCAUCUGGCUGGGCCAAUGUACAAAGUCAGACAGCGACACAGAAAGUUCCCAUCUCCAUUCAAUACGAGCCUCAUCGGUUUACCCAGGGGAUGGGAACGCCAGUAUGGGGCUUCCAAAGUAAUCCCGUGGGUCCUCAAACGCUGCUCACUGGGCAACUCAAACCAGGGAAUGGACAGGAGCUGCAGCAACAACCACUGGCAGUCAUGAGCGAGAGGCCACACAUGCCACAGACCCUGCCCCUACCUCAGCUUGCCCCACGGACAGAACCUCACAAACUCGGACCCCGUUUGCCUUUUGCCCCAGAACGACUUCUCCAGUGCAUGAUAUGCGGGUGCUCUCUUCCUCGAGAGCUUGAUCUACAAAUGCAUUACUUGCAACAUGCACAAGGAGAGAUUUGACAUUUCUACACUAGC